UUUCAACGUAAUGACAACGGUUGUCACAAUAACACGGAAAUCAUAACUUUAAACCUUGUCGGCUUGUCUCCGUGUUUUUAUUUUCUUUUCGUUAAAGUAUCUUCUAUUCUGUGUUAUGUGUAUGUGUCUUCUGUGUUCUAAUUAUGGAAAAUAUCGCAAAACGUGAACGUUCCACGAAUUUCAACAAAAGCGAAGUGAGAUUGUUAACCGAAUUGGUGGCAAAACAUCGCUCAAUAAUCGAAAACAAGCAGACCGACGCGGUAACUAAUAAAGAGAAGGAAGCAGCGUGGAAUAAAAUUAGUUUGUUAUUUAAUGCCGCUACAGGCUUUACAGCGAGAAGUACUAAGAGCUUAAAGCUAAAAUAUGAGAGCGUUAAAAAAGAAACGAAGAAAACGAUGGCAAAACAUCGACAAGAGCUCUAUAAAACUAGUGGUGGGCCGUCUUCAGCCCCAGAUUUUACGGAUAUUGAGGAGAAGGUUAUGGCGAUAUGUUCCAAUAUCACUGGGCUAGAUGCUCGCAAUGACAGUGACAAAAUUCCAGAAACAAAACUGAAAGAGACUGUUAAAGUUAUCCCGGAAGCAUUGUCGUUGCAAACUUUAGAAAAUAACAUAGUAGUAGUACCAUGUGAUGACUAUAAUCCUUGUAUUUUAGGUGAAGUAUAUCAUUCAAUAUUAAUUAUAUUUAUUUUAUGUCCACUUAUUAUUAAACAAUGUGUAUUUAAUCCCUGCCUGCUGAACCAAAUAGAUUGUGGGUUUGAUUUUUACUCUAAACCAAGAUUUAUGAACAGACACAAGGAUUCUUGAUUUUUCCAUUCUUACUGAAUGUUCAAUCUACAUGUACCUUUAAUGUAAAAGGGUCGAUCAACUUUUAUUGGUCCGACGGUACACGCAUCAUGUCCCUGAACGAUAAUUAAUAAACAUGAAAUCAUAAAGAGUUAAAUUGGUUUUAAUUAUAUUCCUUUUAAUAUUUUCUAACAUU